AUGGCAGACCAGCAGCCUGAUCAAAUCCCUACUUCGCCUCAGCAGAAGCAAGCCCCAAACGCUUCCAUGCUCGCCAACCACGAAAACACCACCGAGCAAUCACGCAUCAUGACCGACCAGCACUUCGAUCAGCUCUUCACCUCCAAAGAGGAGGCUCGAGUUCCAGACGCCCUUGACACCGCCCACUACGAGGCCCCCUGGUCCCCAUCCGUCGACUCCAACUCCCAGCAGCACAAGCUCUGCAAGACAAUGUUUGACGCAUUUGGCGACGGCAACACCGAGAAGGCGCAAAUUUAUGCUCGCGUCUUGCUGCUUCAGGGUACCCUGCUGUUCAGAGUGUACGCUCACCUGAUUCUUGCCUACGGCAUCGACCAUGGUUUGACCCACGCUCGCAUCGCUGUUCAGGAGGCCGAGCAAGCCGUCAACACACUCAAGGACGACGACAGCCAGGUUGCCAAACUCCUGGCUCUGGCUAAGCGCACUCUUGCCAUCAUCGAGGAACAGGACGCCACCAUGGACGAGAACAACAAACUGAGUGACAUCGAAGAAGAGGAGGAAGAAGACGAGGAGGUUGAGGAGGUUGGAGAUCUGCAGAAGGUCAACGAGGCCAGCGAGUACAACCAGGUCAACCAGGUCAACCAGGUUAACGAGGUCAACAAGGAGACCAAGGAGGCCAAGGAGACCAAGGAAGCUCCUGUUGAGUUCAACGCAGAGAUGGACAGUGUGAGCCAGGCCACUCCUAGAAGCGCUCCUGUCGCUAUCGACAAGUUCGGGAUCGCCAACUGGAGUUUCAAGGCUCUCAAGGACGGCAAGCGUUCUAACCCCUGA